GACAGAGUUCACCAGAGACAUCAGGGUUCUAAAAGACAUGUGGGAGUUGGAUCCCGAAGCUGAAUUUCUCAGUGCAUUCAUGAACAUAGUGAGGUGUCACCGCUCCCCUAAUAAUGGAAACAAACUCAAGGCCCUCUUUGCCUUCAAAAUGGAAGUGGGCAAGAGGUAUGCAGAGUUCUUGGACAUGGGGCAGAAGGAUGCUCAUGAAUUUCUGACGUCCUUUCUGGAUCACAUCCGAAGUUUAUGCCCCGUGAUUACAGGACUGCCCGGUAUGGCAGACAUCUACGUAUGCCCCAUCCAGAAGCACCUGAUGUUCAAGAUGAAGAGCACCCGGGCGUGCAUGRAAUGUGGACAGAGAUCUAUGAAUGAGGAAGUCUUCAACAACCUGUCUCUGAACCUGGUACCUCAAGAAUCAGUUAAAGAGAUGCUUGAUAAUUACCUGCUGGAGACAGAGUUGGAAUGCAAUUGUGUCUGUGGUGGCACAAACUACCACCCAGUGCUACAGCUUUGA